GUGUGCACCAGUAAAAAGCAAAAAAGCGUAACAAUAGAAAAAUUUUCCUAAACGGAAAGCAAGAAAAAAAAAGCAACUGAUUGGAGGAUAAUAUGAGUAAUGCUAUUAACCAAAAUGGCACAGGUCUAGAGCAGCAAGUUGCUGGUCUGGACUUGAAUGGUGGUUCUGCUAACUAUAGCGGCCCCAUAACAAGCAAGACUUCCACUAACUCGGUCACCGGUGGUGUGUAUGUGCCCCCGCAUCUUCGUGGUGGUGGUGGCAACAACAACGCAGCGGACGCAGAGAACCAGGGUCAAGGCUUCGACUCAAGAGCCGGAAAUCCGCGCCAGGACAGCAGGGACCCGCAGCAGUCGCGCAGUGGAGGGGAGUACCGUAGAGGCGGCGGCGGCGGCGGAAAUCGUGGUUUUAACCGCCAGAGCGGUGACUACGGCAGUUUCGGCAGCGGCGGCGGACGACGUGGAGGUGGACGCUACGAGGACAACUACAACGGUGGGGACUACGACUCGCGUCGCAGCGGUGAUUGGAAUCGCAGCGGAGGAGGAGGAGGAGGGCGUGGUUUUGGGCGCGGACCCUCUUACCGCGGCGGCGGCGGCGGAAGUGGAAAUGCUAUUAACGAACAGAACGGUGAAGAAGGUCAGCAGCAGCAACAGCCGCGCAAUGAUCGCUGGCAGGAGCCUGAGCGCUCUGGCGGUUUCGAUGGCGGCGAGGGCGGACCACCCGGCGGCGGUGGCGGCAACAGAAGCUAUAACAAUCGAGGCGGCGACCGAGGAUACAACAGCCGGUGGAAGGAGGGCGGCGGCGGAAACGUCGACUACACAAAACUGGGCGCCAGGGAUGAGCGUCUGGAGCAGGAGCUGUUUGGCGUGGGCAACACGGGCAUCAAUUUCGACAAAUAUGAGGAUAUACCCGUGGAGGCGACGGGCCAGAAUGUGCCCCCGAACAUCACAUCGUUCGAUGAUGUGCAGCUGACGGAGAUUAUCCGCAACAACGUGAACUUGGCACGUUAUGACAAACCGACUCCGGUGCAGAAGUACGCUAUACCGAUUAUCAUUAGCGGUCGCGACCUGAUGGCCUGUGCCCAAACAGGCUCCGGCAAGACGGCAGCCUUCUUGGUGCCGAUCCUUAAUCAAAUGUAUGAGCACGGUCACUCGGCUCCACCGCAAAGCAACCGGCAGUAUAGCCGACGCAAGCAGUAUCCAUUGGGUUUGGUGCUGGCGCCAACCCGCGAACUGGCCACCCAAAUCUUUGAGGAAGCCAAAAAGUUUGCCUACCGCUCCCGGAUGCGUCCGGCAGUAUUGUACGGCGGUAACAACACUAGCGAGCAGAUGCGCGAAUUGGAUCGCGGCUGCCACUUGAUUGUGGCCACUCCCGGUCGACUCGAAGAUAUGAUAACGCGCGGCAAGGUGGGUCUGGAGAAUAUUCGUUUCCUUGUCUUGGACGAAGCGGAUCGUAUGUUGGAUAUGGGUUUCGAGCCGCAAAUCCGUCGCAUUGUCGAGCAAUUGAAUAUGCCACCAACCGGUCAGCGCCAGACGCUCAUGUUCUCGGCCACAUUCCCUAAGCAAAUCCAGGAGUUGGCCAGCGAUUUUCUCAGCAACUACAUCUUUUUGGCCGUAGGUCGUGUAGGCUCCACCUCCGAGAAUAUCACACAGACGAUCCUAUGGGUGUACGAGCAGGAUAAGCGCUCGUAUCUGCUUGAUUUGCUCUCCUCCAUCCGAAACGGGCCAGAGUACUGCAAAGACAACCUGACGCUGAUCUUUGUGGAGACGAAAAAAGGUGCCGACUCGCUGGAGGAGUUCCUGUUUCAGUGCAACCAUCCGGUCACCAGCAUCCACGGCGAUCGCACCCAAAAGGAACGCGAGGAAGCACUCCGCUGCUUCCGCUCCGGCGACUGCCCCAUAUUGGUGGCCACUGCCGUGGCGGCUCGUGGCUUGGACAUUCCACACGUAAAGCACGUCAUCAAUUUCGAUCUGCCCUCGGAUGUGGAGGAGUAUGUGCACCGAAUCGGACGUACCGGCCGUAUGGGUAACCUGGGUGUGGCCACCUCCUUCUUCAACGAGAAGAACCGCAACAUCUGCUCUGAUCUGUUGGAGCUACUGAUUGAGACAAAGCAGGAGAUCCCCAAUUUCCUGGAGGACAUGUUGAGCUCUGACCGCGGACAUGGUGGAGCCAAGCGGCGCGGUGGCGGCGGUGGUCGCUAUGGAGGCGGAUUCGGCUCAAGGGAUUACCGCCAGAGCUCAGGAGGCGGCGGCGGUGGAGGUGGACGAAGUGGUGGCCCCAGCCGCAGCGGUGGAUCCGGCGGUGGAGGCGGUAACUACCGCAGUAAUGGAAACUCGUACGGUAAGUUCGGUGGCAAUUCUGGAGGUGGAUUCUAUGGCGGCGGUGGCGGCGGCGGAGGUGGAUCCUAUGGAGGUUCUUAUGGCGGUGCCUCGCACUCGAACGACUGGUGGAAUCAAUGAGCAAGGCUUCAGCCUCAGUUUCAGCCGCAGGCUAACUUUCUGGGCCAGCAGCAUCAGCAAUCGCAUCGCAGCCACUUUCGCAAAUAACCAAAUUGAGAAAUGAAAGUCGAUAAGAACUAUAUAUAUAUAUGCACACACGUAUAUUAUAUGGGAACAGCAAAUGUGAAAGAGAACUGUCUGUGCGCAGCGCAACACGAAACAAAAAACACAAAAAUACAGAUAAUGAUGCACCCUCCACCCUCGUUUACCGACUCACUUCACCACUCACAACCUCAAAACCCAAACCUGGAGCAAGCAUAUAUAAUAAAUUGAGAAAAAUCCAUCGCAAAAUAAUAAUAAAUUCAUGUAUAGCCAGCUCUAUCACCCUGAAA